AUGUGCAAACGGCUUGGUCAGUUAUUGCCGUCAGCGAUAGCCUGGUCGCUGAUCGUUAUUUGUACUCUAUGCUUUUAUUACUUUCUUGCACCAGCCGUUGCCGUUCGAUGGGGAUGGUAUGGAUGGGCACUAUGCGGCGUUGAUCUCCUUUUAUUUCUUAUGGUGAUCUCGAAUUUGGUUAUGGCGAUGUGUAUGGAUCCAGGCAUUCAUCCAUACGGCUACGCUACAGAAGAAAUGAACACGGACGAUUUCCGUUCGCCAUUAUAUAAAAAUGUCGAAAUCAAUGGUAUAACGGUGCGUAUGAAAUGGUGCGUAACGUGUCAAUUUUACCGACCACCUCGAUCAAGUCAUUGUUCCGUGUGCAACAGAUGUAUUGAUACAUUUGAUCAUCAUUGUCCUUGGGUCCAUAAUUGCGUAGGAAGGCGAAAUUACAGGUAAUA